AUGCUUGUUCCUGAUCAUCUCAGAAUACUGCCUGAGGCGAAGAAGAUCUACGAGAACUUGGAGAAGAAUAAAAAGAGCACGGCCGCACAGAAGCUGGAACAACGGAUCAUCCUGUGCGAAUGUUGCAGCUUCAUGCGCUCCAAGAACCUCUCGGACUAUGACUGGGAGAUAAUUGCCGAGAAUGUGGAAGGCACCAGGGAUCUGUGGCCCAGGUACACCGUUGAAAUGCAGGCCCGUGUCAUCGCGUGCCGUGGUCUGCACAUUCUGCGAGGGGGCUUGGCCAAGCUGGAGGAGCAGGUGCAGCAGCAAGGCACGGGGUUGGUUCCUGGUCUCGUGGGCAUCUUCGCAGCCUUGGAGGACUUCUUCCAGCUUUCCCGGGCCAUGCAGUUGGAACCGACAGACUUCAAUGGAGAGGAGCUGGAAUUUGCGGCCUUGCUAGCCCGCCUCCUGCAGCAGUGUACAUCCGAGGGGUCCGGUGAUGCGGAGGAGUUCAUGGAUAUCGAGGAGCUGUUGUUGCACACCGACGACACGGAUCAGGGCACGGACUUCGCCGAGCACCUCCUGUCGUUCUUCUACGGGGACGACUUGGCCGAAAUGGUGAAGUUGGGGCCACAUGCGUGCGAGCUUCUGGGAUCCCUCUUCAAGAAAAUCUUGGAAGACCUCAAUGGACCCCUUGGCCGGUCGUUGAAGAAGAAGUUGGUGGAUAUCGCCGCGGCGGCGCCCUUUGUUGAAGCACUCGACAGCCUGGAGCGUGUCGCUCGAGCUGUGUGCCACAUCGUGAAUGUGAACCCUGAUCCCAAGUUGAGCCAGCCAAAGGCAGCAGACGUGCAGUUCUUCAUGGCCUACGCAGGGCGUGCACCCUUGGAGCGCCAAUGGAAAAGUUGGUUCGGCAACACAAACGAGUGGUGGACGCAGGAGGUGCAGAGCAUUCUAAAGGUUUCCGGUCGCAGCAUUUUGCUGCAGCCCAAAGUGGAGCAGUUGCAAGGGUUGCUUGAGAAGGAGGAAUUGUCCAGUGGCGACAUGAGCUCGGCCAUUGACCUCUACAUCGAAGUUUCCGCCGGGACACGCGAGAUCGUGCACAAGCCUAUGGGAGAGGACGAAGCCACAGGUGUUGAAGAGUCUGAUGUGUGCACUGGCAUGCCGCUUCCUGCUGAAAGUGAAUUGAACUUUGACAGAACUCUUGAGCUUCUAGGAGAAGAGCUUGAGGAAACAGGGACAGGGCGGCCUUUGCCUUCGCAUCUUGAUGCCUUCGUGCCUUCAGAAAUAGAUAGUGAGCAGAGAGCAGCUUGCAUGCGCGAUCGAGAGGCUGCAAGGGAAGUGGUCAGUUGUGUUGACAGCAGCCUGCUAAAUGAUGCUUUGGAGGAUUCUGUGCUUGCUCUGGGUAGGAGGGUAGUAGACAUUCCUUUGCCUUGGGAGCAGGAGAGCAUGAGCUUGGUGUUCGGUGAAGAUGAUUCAGUGACAAAGCUUUUGGCAGGCCUCCCGAAGCACAUACCUGUGCCUGCUGGGCCUGCUGUGUCCAGCACCAACAUUCAGCCUUCAGACCUUGUUGCCGAGCCACCGGCAAAACGCGCACGACAGAUGCCUGAGAGUGGGGAGUGUUUCAGGGUUGCUAUUUCUUCGAGGGCCUACGACAGUUAUGAGGAAAAGGAAGAGGCUCAAUGGCGACGUGCUCUUGAGAAGUGGCUGGUCAUUCUUACUGAGUGCCCUGGUUCGUCAUAUAUCGGAGAAACAGUUGCCAUCCAAAAGACGGAUGACGCGAUUGAAACCUUGCGUGAACUCUUUGGGCGAAAGAGUGGCAGUACAGUCAUGAAAAGGGGAUCGGCCCUCAUGGGAUACCUCUCAUGGGGGCGAAAGGAAUGCAGGGCCGGUGACCUGUUCCCUUUCAAGUCCGCGCAUCUAGAUGGAUACUUGAAGCACCUGAAGAGCGAAAAAAGGCCCGCCGGGGCUGUCACCAGUUUUCAGGAGUGCGUGAACUUCGCUAUACAUGUGGUCGGCAUUGCUGUCGACGAGUCAGUCCUAGGACCGAAGCAAAGCACUGUGUGGAGCCAUUGGAGUAAAGGCGUCAUCGGUCAGGCUCAGCUGACCAAAGCAGAGCGGAAGCAGGCCACGGUCCUGCCUGUGGCAUACGUUGCAGCCCUGGAACGUAUGCUCGAAGAUGAGUCUGUUAACAGCUUUGAUCGUUACGCCUGCGGUGCCAUCUUGUUUGGGAUCUUCUCUCGGAGCCGAGUGUCGGAUUUGAGAAAGACAUUCGGUUGGUUCCUUGACUUCAGUGAACUUGGAAGUGGAGGGGAAGGUUUCGUAGAGUGCAAGACGCGAGACCACAAGACUGCCAAUGCUGUGGCUCAUACAGGUUUCAGCAUGCCCUUGGUUGCGCCUGCGCGAGGAGUUACAUCUUCAGCAUGGGCCGUGACGUGGGCCAAGGUUGCAGAAGAUGUCGGUUUGGGUUUUAGUUCCACCCGAGUAGGACCCGUGCUUCCUGCACCUGAUCAGAAGGGGGGCUGGACUCGACGAUGUGUCGAUUCGGGAGAGGUCACCAAGUGGAUGCGUGCGUUGCUUGACAAGGCUGGUUGCGAUGUGCCUGAGUCGUCGACCUCGCAUGCCAUCAAAGGGACGUCUUUAAGCUGGUGCUCUAAGUUUGGAAUGGAUAAGCAUACCCGCCUGCGCCUAGGACAUCAUAGCUCGGGCGACGGAUCCUUAGAUGCCUACGAGCGCGACAACCUUGCGCCAGCCCUCUUGAAAUACACUGAAAUGUUGGGAAGCAUCAGACGAGGUGUGUUCAUGCCUGACUUGAGCAGAUCAGGACGGUUCGCUGAUCGUCCGAUUGUGAAAGUCGAAGUGUCAGAGGAUGAGGCUGCAUCGCCGAGCCUGCCUGCGUUUGAUGCUUCUGAAGAGGAGGGAUCUUUAGGCAGGACCACUGAAUCGUUCGAGAAGGUCGAUGCUGUUGCCACUCCGUUAGCAGACCCUGCAACUUGUGGGGAACAGGGCCGCGAGAGUGAGUCGAGCGACAGCUCGAGCGAGUCGGAGCCUGAGUCCGGUGAUGAAUGGGUUAAGGGCGAGGACUUCCGACACCCAGCGAGCAAGCCUAGCACCUGGAGGCCUGAGGCCACCAUGUACAAACAUUCUAGGACUGGCGUUGUUCAUCUCAUGAGUGCUGGGAGCUCAGAUGGGCUUUUCAUAUGCGGAAGGGCCCUCACCAAUGAUCAUGUGGAAGUCAGUGGUGUGCCGUUCCUUGAGUUGCGAAAGUGCAAGCAAUGUGAUUCGGGUCGGCCGGUUAGAGAUGUGGGCAGCUUGAAUGCUGCGCUGCAGCAGAUUAUGAAAUGCAAAGAUAAGUGA